CUGCAUAUAAAUUAUAUUAUCGUUUCCUACUAUGCAGCCCCUGUCAGUGUCGUGUGCCAACAACCACACCAGAGGAGCGACCUGACAACCUCUGUGCUUGAAGCGAGCUGAGCUAGGGGAUCAUCGGUGCCCAGCCAUGUCGGCCGGCGAGAUGCGGAAGACGGCGUGCGUCACCGGAGGGAGCGGCUACAUCGCUUCAGCGCUCGUCAAGACGCUGCUCGAGAAGGGAUACGCCGUCAAGACGACGGUCAGAGACCCCGAUAACAUGGAGAAGAAUUCCCAUCUCAAGGACUUGCAAGCGCUUGGCCCCUUGGAGAUCAUCCGUGCCCGGCUGGAUGAAGAAGGCAGCUUCGACGACGCAGUUUCCGGCUGCGACUACGCCUUCCUCGUCGCUGCCCCGAUGGACUUCGGGUCGGCAGAUCCUGAGAGGGAUAUGAUCGGCGCAGCCGUGCAAGGAACACUCAACGUGAUGAGGUCGUGCGUGAAAGCCGGAACGGUGAAGCGGGUGAUCCUGACGUCGUCGGAUUCUGCGGUCUCCAUGAGGCCGCUGCCGGACGACGUUCAUGUGCUCGACGAGAGCUCCUGGUCCGACAUCGAGUACCUCAGGGCCAACAAACCAGAAACAUGGGCAUACGCAGUGUCGAAGGUGCUUGCUGAGAAGGCGGCGAGCAAAUUCGCGGAGGAGAACGGCAUCAGCCUUGUCACCAUGUUGCCGGUGUUCAUCUUGGGCGCGGCGCCGGUCUCCAAGCCCACGUCAAGCGUCCCCGUCACCCUGUCCCUGUUGACUGGCGAUGAGGCACAGAUGGAUAUCAUGAUAGGCAUGCAGUCGACCACGGACUGCGUGCCCAUAAGCCACAUCGACGACCUCUGUCAUGCCGAGGUGUUCGUCGCCGAGAAUGAGUCCUCCUCAGGAAGAUACCUCUGCUGCAGUCACAACACCACCGUCUUGCAACUCGCUCGUCUCAUGGCGGAGAAGUACCCGCAAUACAACAUAAAAAUCGAAUGCUUUGAUGGGUCCCCAGAGAGGCCGAGAGUGUGUGUGACGUCUGAGAAGCUCAUCAGGGAAGGGUUUGUGUACAAGUACAAUGAUCUAGGUGAGAUCUUUGACGACCUUGUCGAGUACGGCAGAACCACGGGGAUUCUGCCCUAUUGAUGUCUGUGUCAGUUACUCAGUUGUUCAUCGAUAUGUGAUCAGAACAAAAUAAUGUCAUCUCAAAUAAGCAGAAACUCACACCAGGCUCAUUUAAUUAUCGAUCUUUCUCUUUCCUCCCUCGCA